AGAGCCUGGCGAGGCGUCCCACCCUCAGUUGCUCUUCCGAUUUUGGUGUGUGAGUGUGGUUACGCUCAUCAUCGUCUGUCUGCUGUAAAUUGAAUUAAUGAUUCACUUGUAGCUAACAUGGAGUGCAACGCUACAAAACCCUAUUUUAAUAGUAAUUUCGUAAAGAAAAACGAUUUCCAGAUAUGCCAGUAGUAGCCUCAGCCCGCAUUAAGAGAAGAAACGCGUAAAUUUGGAUGGCUUUGGUUGUCGGGAAUCUCUUUGCUGAGAGUAUGUAGAAGUGAAUAAAAAUUGCCUUAUCUCCAAUGAAUGGCGUGUUAAAAAAAAAGAUAAAGCUGGGCAGAGCUCGAAUCGGAAUACAUCAAGUGAUCACUACAAGCGGGUAUUUCUUAUCAGCCAAAAUAAGAAAGCUGGCUAAGAAGGUGCAGAUAGGCAACAAGCUGGCAAAACUUGAAUGACAUCCAAAUAUCAUAGUACUCCUGUAAUCGUUAUUUUACAGAAAAUGAUAUGCUAGUCCCUAAUAAUAUAGCAAUGGUGCUACCAGUGAAAUUAUUAUAUAAUAUAGCAGGAUUCUCUCUUCUGUGCACUCCAAAUUUGUGUAACAUUAUCGGAGAAAAUAUGAUAAGUGAUAUUCCAGAAAAUAAUUACAAUUCAUCUUGUUGUGAGGGGUGCACUUCUGGAGUAAUGAAAUCUACAGAUCUUACAGAAGAUCUAGAAACCCUGAAUUGUUCAAUGAAAAAGAUCAGGACCUUUCCCGUAAAUCUACCAGUGACCUUACAAGCACUUAAUCUGAAAGGAAAUAACAUAUUUAAUAUUCCAGAUAAUAGCAUGUCCUAUUUAACAGACCUUCAAGAACUUGAUCUAUCCGCAAACAGGAUCAAAUCAAUUGGACAAGGGAGCAUUUUUGCGAAUUUACUCCAUUUAAAGUAUCUUAAUGUAGAAAAUAAUUUUUUGACUUCACUCUAUCACAACAGUUUGUUAGGACUUACGUCACUAAGACAUCUAGUGUUGUCCAAUAACAAAAUUACAUUUCUAGAAGAAGGCGCUCUGGCUGAACUAAAAAGCCUUCAGAGAUUAGAUCUUGACCAUAAUCUUCUUGAGUCCCUGUAUGAACACUGGUUUCAUGGCCUCGAACAUCUGCUCACUCUUAACAUCGCUCACAACCGAAUCCUCAAUAUCCCUGCGUCAGUCUUCCAAACUUUGGUGUCUCUGAAAUAUUUAUACCUAUCCGGUAAUCAGAUUUCAUCUGUACACCCAAGAGCGUUUUUUGGUCAGAUAAGUCUUGAAGUCUUAUCAGUGGAAAACAAUCUCCUUAACAAAGCCCCGACAGCUGCCUUUCAAGGUAUACCCAGUCUCAAGAUCCUUAUUUUAGAUAGAAAUCCACUAAGUAAAAUUAAACCACUGGAUUUUUCUCAUCUUGGCAUUACAGAAAUCAGCCUUUGUCACAUGCCCAAACUGAGCAUUGUUGAUGCCAAGGGAUUUUACAAUCUACUAAACAUUUCUAGCAUUCAUAUGAGUGAUAAUAAAAAGCUUACUUAUGUGGAUCCUCUAGCUUUCAUGAAUGUAGAUAACUUGAAAGUAUUACAACUCCAUGACAACGUCAUAAAAGGAAUAUCUCCGGAAAUGAAAUCUGUUUUGCCUAAUGGAGUUCAAAUUUCUCUUUAUAACAAUCCAUUUACAUGCGACUGUAACAUUCGAUGGCUUCGGCAGCUGAUGGAAGAUAGUUUCUCUUCAGGCGUUUCAUUAGUAAAGCCAGAGCAAUUAGUUUGCCAUGGCCCAGAGAAUUUAGCGCAUAAACUAAUCAAAGACCUUAACAUCAAGAGUAUACCAAGAGUAUGUGCUCCCACUGUCCUUAACCUCACACAGUCUGACACUGUUUCAGGGAGAGUAGGUGAGAGUUUUCUCUUGGAAUGUCGUUCUCUUGGUUACCCUAUGCCAAGACUACAUUGGGUAUUACCAGAUGGCUCCUUUGUUAACUCAACCCUCAAUGAAAUAAGACGAAGGUUUUUUCUACCUGGUACUCUUGUUUAUUAUCAUUUGCUACCCAGUGAUGGAGGCCAGUAUACAUGUUUGGCCCAUAACAGUAUUGGAGAUGCUAGUUUAUCCCUCAAUAUCAACAUCAGUGGUAUUGAUAUAUAUUUAUUCCCUAUACGGGUGUCUUCAAAUUUUAUAACGCUCACUUGGAAUGGUACUGAGCAUCAAACUUUUGCAUCUUACAAAAUAAAUUAUUGGCCAGUAGACGCCAAUGGAAAACGAUCUGGUCCUCUGGAAUCCAUGCCAGCGGGCUCUUCUGAUCAAAAUAUAGUCAUUAAUCGGUUGAAACCACAAACAACUUAUUACUUUUGCCUCGGGUUUGAAGAUAAAACAGGAUUUUUCUUAAAGAUAUCAUGUUGUUUAGCUAGCACCCAGCAUGAAGACUUUAUGUUGCAAGGGAUAUCAGGCACUUCAAAUGUUAUGAUAGCCAUUGUUCUCAUUAUUGUUUUAGCUAUUAUAGUGCUGGGAAUAUGUCUUGCUUCUAUUGUAACCAAAAGAUAUCGGCACAGAUUGUAUGAGGUUCCUGAUAAUUCAGAUACAUCUAUCAUACCUUUAAAAACCUUCGUCGACCUUUUCUACCAAGGUCUUGACCCUCAAAGGACAGAACACGACCAAAGCAAGCCUAUCGUGCAUUAAGCUUGCCCCCAUCUUCUCCACCAAAGAUGACCAUUUCAUACAAGUAUUGAGUAGGCGUUCAACAGCUAACAGAAUGAGAAGUUGUUCAUGUACAUUUUCACAUAGGUAUUGUUCAUAGUAAUAUUUGCGUCAUAUUAUUUAUAUUUUUUGCAAUAAACAU